AUGUCUGGAAGCACAGGAGAACGUUCUUUUGCUGAUAUUAUUACCAGUAUUCGAUAUUGGGUCAUUCAUAGCAUUACUAUACCUUCCCUAUUCAUUGCGGGUUGGUUAUUCGUCAGUACCGGUUUAGCUUACGAUGUAUUUGGAAGCCCUCGGCCAAACGAGUAUUUCACAGAGAGCCGACAAGGAAUUCCAUUAAUAACUGGCCGUUUUGAUUCUUUGGAACAACUCGAUGAAUUUAGUAGAUCGUUUUAG